AUGUGGAGAGUUUAUCAUCGAUGUCUUCUGUUUCUAUGGAUACUUUUCGUUCAAAACAAUAUCAUUCAAACAUCAUACAUUCGUCAUCUUACAUUACCUAGUUCCAUCAAUCAUCUUACAUACUCAUCUUCAUUCAAAUGGCUCUAUGUCGCCUCAAUCGAUUCACUUUCAGUUUAUGAUGAUAAUUUAACACUUGUACAAAAUAUUUCUCUCGCAAAUUCUUAUUCGAACGAUGACGAAUUAUGUCAAAUCAAUUCUUGUCAAUGUUUACAUAAUUCAUUGAAUAAUAACAAUAAUAAUCCUGAUGACAUAAUAGCAGAUCGAAGUCGUCGUUCGAAAUUUUCACGAUCGAUAGAUCCAUUAAAUAGUAUUAAUCGAAAUAAUUACAAUCUUCUACUAUAUCUCGAACGUGAGAACACUAUUGAUAAUCAACCGUAUUUAAUCGAUUGUUGGUCACUACAAUCAGGUUCAUGUAUUAUCCGUAGUGCUGUCAAUCUAUCGAAUGUUUUUUAUCAACAAACGGCAAUCGACGCAAAAAAUCUGCGACAGAAGCUUUUAUUUAAUUCUGAUUCGACCAUUCCCAGUCAUAUAUUUCCGUUUCAUUUCAAAUUAAAUAAAUGUAAUGAUACACCGAUUUAUUUAUUUCUAUCCUCGACGUUGAGGAAAAACUUAGUUAUGAUGAAUACCAGAGAGAAAACGGAUAAUGUUACUGAACUAUUCUACGAUAAAUGCCUUGAACAAUCGCAAGGACGUACAAUUGCAUUAAGAGCAUUUGUCUUCAAUAAUGGAAUAAAGAGAGUAGUCGACAAUGUAAACAAACCAUUGAUUUCCAGGGACAUGUCAUCAUUAGAAAAUUUUACUAUUGUUCGAGAUUCAAUUACAAAACGACAAGUUUAUAAUCAAAACGACUCCAUCAAUGGCACAAGGUUAUCUUUAAUAGACGAUCGUGCACGUGUAAGAUCAAGUCGAAGUAGUUCUCAAUUUCCCCCAACUGCUUCUACGAUUUCGGAUGGUCAUGUAGCUAAUUCAUCAUCUACACUACCUCGAUUCGAUGAACCAAAUCCAUUUAUAAACAUCAAUGAUUAUUGUCCUGAACAGUUCUCGGUUGUUCGCACGAUUUAUAAAGAUUUUUUCGAACGUGAAUCACCGGACAAAUUUCGAUUGUUUCAAGAUGUCAUCUACGAUAAGAAGGAUUCCGCAAUUUACGUCUUUACCAAUCAACAACGCGUCAGUAAAGUUGUUCGUCUCUGCGAAGGACAAAUCUCAUUUCGGCAUUACGUUGAAUUACAAAUCAAUUGUGGAAAUGAUUACACGCUCAUACAAAAAGUGAAAUUGGUACAAACUAAAGAUAAUAAACAAUAUCUAUUGACCAUUGCAUCAAAACCUAAAGCCUUGGAUAGUCUUGAACCAUCCAUUAGCAGUCAUUCAGCGAUAUGUUUAUAUAAUUUUGAUCAGAUAAGAAAUGCAUUUAUUGAUAAUAUACUCGACUUAGCUAAGGGAAACGUUUCGCUCGGUAUGGCCUGGUUACAUGGAGAAUCGACAAUUCCACAAUAUCCGGCACCAUAUGGAAAUCUUGCUCGAUGUUCCACAACACGAGAUGCAAGCUAUCUGAUGAUAUUUGAAGGCUCAACAAAUAUUGUUUCAGAGCCAAUGAUUACUUUCCUGACUGACCAAUUAACGGCUCUCGAAGCAGCUGUAAUUAAUAAUUAUAUUGUUGCUUUAGCUGGUACAGCUGAUGGAAAAAUCAAAAAGAUAAGUAUAGAGUUAGCAACGAAAAAAACUCAUCAAUUCGAAGAGGUCUACGUUGAUUUUAAUCAUUCGAUUCUUCGUGAUAUGACCUUGAAUGAAAAUAAUCGAUUUCUAUAUGGAGCAACAAAAAGUCGACUAUUUCAAGUGGAUCUUCAUGAUUGUGAUCGUCACAAGACAUGUUCAGCGUGUCUUUCGACGCAAAAUCCAAUAUGUGGAUGGACCACCACAUUGAAUCGUUGCACCACUUAUUCAGAUCAAAUUGCUGAUGCAAGACGUUUUAGUUGGUUACAAAUGGAUGCUCACUGUCCAACUAUCAUCAAUAUCACACCCGCAGUCAUAUCCAAUGCUAAAUCGAGCAAACUACGUUUGGAAGUGGAAAGCAUACCCGAUGAUACGACAUCCACAUACUCGUGUUCCUUCGUCUUAUCUUCGCUAAUAAAUGUAGACGAACAUGAUUAUGAUAGACCAAUUUAUAUAUCAAAUGCAAUUAAACAUGAAAAUGACAUCGAAUGCUAUUCACCGCCAGCACAAACAUUGUCGAAUAUAAAUCACGAUUCUCUGACCAUACGUUUAUUUUACAAUGAUAUUGUUCUAACUGAGAAAAAUUUGACGUUCUACGAUUGUUCAUCGUAUUUAACUUGUGCAUCAUGUAUGAACAAUUCAUUUGAUUGCUCUUGGAAUUUACUCGAUGCAAAAUGUAUUGAUAGUGAUUUAAUUCUUGACAAAAAUGAAACUAUCAUAAGUAAUUCCUCAAUCGUUCAAUGUCCGCGAUACAAUGUUUCCAAACAUGAAAUAUUCAUUGCUGACGGCGAACAGUUUAUGCUUGGCAACAAAGAACAAGUUGUUAUACAAACAAUUUCAUUGAAAACUAACAUUCAAAACUCUUUUCGUUGUGUAUUAAUACUAAACAAUGGUAGUAUCAUCUCAACUAUUGGGAAAGUUCAGAAUAAUCUAUUGACAUGCAACCCAUUUCGAAUUUUCUACGAUAAAGAUGUUGGCCAACAAAGCUCACUCUUCAAAAUUCAAUGGGCUGAAUGUGAGGACGAAUGUACAUAUAAAACAUUGGAAACAUCAACAAACUUAACAGUAAAUAUAUACAAAUGUAAACAUCUGGCGGACUCCUGUGGCUCAUGUAUCUUACUCCAUGAUGACUAUCGCUGUCUCUGGUGUGAAACAGAUAAAUCCUGUCGGCACGAAGUGAACUCAUCGAAUUGUCAAUCGAAUCAUAUCAUUAGUUCAUCGAUGGGUAUUUGUCCAGAUCCACGUCUGACAGAAAUACAUCCAAAAAUCGGACCCGAAUACGGUCGAACACCCAUUCAUAUUUAUGGUUCUAGCUUAGGUAAAAGGCCACAUGACAUAUAUGUUGUUCUUAUACAUUCAAAUCAAACUGAGUAUCAAUGUCAAGUUCAAAAUGAAUCCUAUGUCACUGCCCAAUCGUUUAUAUGUCAACCACCGUCUUUACCUAUUGGAAAAUAUACAAUCAAAGUGACGGUACAUUCUGUUGUUAGUAAAGAUCGACCUAUUUUUCGCAUUGUGAAACCAAAUGUUGAUGAAGUUCAUCCAAAUAUUGGACCUCGAUCGGGUGGGACACUACUCUCUAUAAAAGGAAAACAUCUGACGAUUGGUAGUAAGAUCAACAUACUUGUUGGACAUCAGCAAUGUUUUUUAAUCGAACACAAAGAAACACUUGUGACGAAUAUCAUAUCGGAAGAUGAGAAUAACCAACGAUUCGCUUCAUCGACCUUUGAUUCUGAAACUGAUGAUAAAAAUGCUGAAGAAAUUAUCAAAUGUCGAACUUCGAGGUUAACCAAUGUAGACGAAGAGAAUCAAAGUCGACAACAGAGAUUCGUUAAACGACAAGCUCUAUGGAUCGGAAGUCUGACUAUUUUAAUUGAUAAUUUCACUGAAACCUAUUCGAAUAUCACUUAUUCUUACACGGAGGAUCCGCAUGUACUUAAUUUAAGUCGAUAUUCGGGUAUUCAGAGUGGUGGCCUACCUUUUCUUGUUCAAGGAAGUAAUUUUGAUUCUAUACAAGCACCACAGUUCUUUGUUGAAUCAAAUCAAAAACAGAUCUUUCUUGAGCCUUGUACAGUGAAGUCAUCUGAAACGAUGCUUUGCUACGGCCCUUCAUUUGCUUGGAUGGGAAACGAAACAAGUUCAACAACUACCGUAGCGUUAGCUGAAUCGACAACAUCAACGAUUGCUUCAAUGUUAAGUCCUCAAUCAUUCUCAAACAACCAUUGUCUCGAAUUCAAAUUCGGUUUUUUCAUGGACGAUGUCGAAUCAGUUCGCAAUAUUUCAAACUACCGUGAGGUUUUCCUCCUUUGUCCAGAUCCGAUCAUUUAUUCAUUCAACAACGACGGAAGACGCAUACAAUAUCGUUAUGACUAUCUAACUAUCGAAGGUUCGAAUCUGUUGGAUGUUGCUACAAUCAACGAUUAUUCCAUAACCAUUGGCUCAUUUCCAUGUAAUAUAACUUCGAUAUCAGAUAAACAAAUCGUAUGUCAACCAACAAAUCAAACCAUUGAGAAAUUAAUUCGAAAAAAACGGCUGCUUCUCAACAUCAAUACCAAAGAUAGUGAACAAGCAAUCGUUCGAGUCACACUUGGUCGUCGAAUUUACACACUGGGUACAUUGACAUACAUAUCCAACAUGGAAAAACGAUCAUUAGUUUUGUACUAUAUCAUUGCGAGCGUUUGCGGAUUUCUUCUAACCAUAUUUAUUAUUGUUAUCUCGAUUGUUUUUCGACGAAUUAAUACUAAACGUACGCGACAAUUGAAUCGUUUGCAAAAUCAAAUCGAUACACUCGAAAUGCGUGUCGCACGUGAAUGUAAAGAAGCGUUUGCUGAGCUUCAAACCGACAUCGGAGAAAUGACCAAUGAUCUGUCACAUUCAGGUGUACCAUACCAUGACUAUCGCACGUACUGUAUGAAAAUAUUGUUUCCAAAUGCAACUGAAGAGGAUAAAUAUAUGAUGCUGCAUAAUAUCGAGAUACCGUUUGAAACAAAUCGACGAAGUAGCGUUCGACAAGGACUUCAUUUACUUGCUCAAUCAUUAUACAAUCGGCAUUUUCUUCUUCUAAUUAUUCGAACACUAGAAACAGAUAAAGUCAAUUUUCGUCUACAAGAUCGUAUGCAGUUCGCCUCAUUACUCAGUAUUGUUCUUCAAGAAAAUAUCGAAUACUUCACUGAGAUAUUGAAAAUAUUGUUAAAAGAUUUAAUUGACAAAUCACUACAGCAAGAUCGAAACAAUAGUAAAAUUCUAUUGAGAAGUAAUGCGUCGAUAGCUGAGAAAAUGCUUUCAAAUUGGUUCGCCUUCCUCCUGUUUGGAUAUGUUAAAGAACGUCUUGGUUCUCCAUUGUACAUACUAUUUCAAUCAAUAAAACAACAAAUUCAAAAAGGUCCGAUCGAUUGUUUUACAAGUGAAUCGAGAUAUUCGUUGAGUGAAGAUAAACUUCUUCGACAACAUAUUGAUUAUCUAUCGAUGAUUGUGUACGUUGUUCAAGUUGAAGAUGGAAAAUCUCAUCUUAUUUCGACACCGGUGCCAAUUAAAGUGCUUAGUUGUGAUUCAAUAAUACAGGUGAAAGAGAAAAUAGUCGAUCAUUUUUAUAAGAAUGUUCCCUUUUCCAAACGGCCAUCCAUCGAAGAUUUCGAUUUGGAAUGGAGAAGUGGAUCACGUAUGAAAUUAUUACGUGAUGACGACAAAUUUGAUAGUCCUGAUACGAAUGACUUUGUACAAGUACAAACUUUAGCGUCCUAUAAAGUUCAUGAUGGUGCUCGACUAUUUUUCAGUUUAAAAUCUGGAAUAAAUUAUACAAAUACCUCAUCGUUAACACAUUCUCAAGUAAAUUCAUCUGGAAUAACAAAUGGCUUAACUAGUUGUUAUCCAACCAAUGGUUCAUGCUGCAUUAAAGCAACUGAUGCCGAUCAGAGUUGGCAAUCGUUACAAGGACACGAAAAUCAAAUAUUGUUAAACUCUUCCAAAGAAGUAUUGACCUUACGUCGAGAUCAUCGUGUAAAUAAUACAAUUCAGUCUCAACAAUCGUUUUCACGCGCUCGAUUAGAGCCCAAUACACGUUUCUAUCAUCUCGUUAAACCAACAGAUCGAGAAGAUGAUGAUCGAACAUUAGUGACCAAUAAACUGGUUUCGGAAGUUUAUCUAACACGUUUAUUAGCAACAAAAGGUUCACUACAGCAGUACAUCGAUAAAUUUUUUGACUCCAUCUUCUGUCUCGCUGAUUUACCAUUACCAAUCAAAUAUCUAUUCGAUUUUCUUGAUGAACAAGCAGAAUUCCAUCAAAUAUCGGAUUCGAAUAUCGUACAUACAUGGAAGAGCAAUAGUUUACCUUUACGAUUCUUUGUAAAUAUCAUCAAAAAUCCUGAUUUUAUCUUUGACGUUCAAAAGACUAAUGUUAUUGACGCCUCUCUAUCAGUCAUCGCACAGAUGUUUAUGGACAGUUGCGCGGCUGGUAGUCAUCAACUAACAAAAGAUUCGCCUUCGUCCAAACUCCUAUUCUAUCGUGAUGUACAAAAGUAUAAAAUUUUAGUCGAAAAAUACUAUACAGCGAUUUCUUCUUCUUGUCCACCUGUAUCUGCGAAUGAUCUCGAUCGCAUUGUCACUUCGUUGAAAGAACAAGAACAACAAAAUUCAUCAAAUCGACGAACAAAAGAAUUCAAUCGAUCUUAUGUUUUAUUCAAAUUAUAUAACGAUUUUAUCAGUCCAUAUAAGAAUAGUUUACGAACAGCGAUGGCGAAUGACCUGAAUAGUAAACAGUAUCGCUUAGCAACAUUAUUCGAACAAAUCCUUAAUCAUAUGGACAGUUUUGAACUAGAUAUAUAA